AUGCGCCAAACCAUAUGGACAUUGUCGACAUGCCUGCGACAGUUGCCGCGACCUUUGUCGCUUCGCGGCAUUCGUCUGCAAACCACAGCGGCUGCGGCUGAUGGAGCCAUUUCUCCUGCCCUGCUCUCACGAGCUCGGUCAAUGGCAAAAGAGCACGACGACAUUACUGCCAAACUCGCCGAAAACUUCGACACAAAAGCAGCCAAGAAAUUGGGCCAGCUGUCAUCCGUCAACAAUGCAUUGAAAGAGUGGGAAAAGGCAAAUGACUCUCUGUCAGAGUUGCGAACGCUUCUGUCCGACCCCAAGACAGACAAGGAUCUUGUAGAAUUGGCAGAGGAGGAUCUAGCAUCCUCGCAGACCGACUUCUCUCAGGCGUCGGACGCACUCAAGCUUGCACUCGUGCCUCGCCAUCCAUUCGCCGAUCUGCCAUGUUUGAUCGAAAUCAGACCUGGCGCAGGCGGUGGAGAAGCCGCCAUCUUUGCUGGCGACAUGUUGCGCAUGUACACCUCAUACUGCAAUCGCCUAGGUCUACGGACAUCUCUGCUCAAAUACGAAGACGCCGAUGGUCAAGGCGCAGGCUCAGAUGCACCGCUCCAAGAAGCAGUGCUCGAAGUCGAGUCUCCAGGCGCAUAUGGCAUUUUGAGGUGCGAGGCUGGAGUUCACCGAGUACAACGUGUGCCAGCGACAGAGAGCAAAGGACGCACACACACCAGCGCAGCAUCCGUUCUGGUUCUCCCAUCCUUUCCCGCAGAACCCUCGCAAGAUCUAGGAGAAGACAGCUUCGACGACCCUAACAGCGACUACUAUGUCGAUCCCAAGGAUGUCCGCACCGAUGUCAUGCGCGCAAGGNGAGCAGGCGGACAGCACGUCAACACAACCGACAGUGCUGUCAGAUUGACCCAUUUGCCCACCGGAACCGUCGUCGCAAUUCAGGACUCGCGUUCACAACCCAAGAACAGAGAAAAGGCAUGGAGGCUGCUCAGAAGUAGACUUGCCCAGUCAAGGCGCGAACAAAGAGAAGAAGAGAUGCUUGCCAUGCGCCGAAGCGUUGUUGGUAUCGCAAAGAUGGGCAGAGAGAACAAGAUUAGGACAUACAACUGGGGCCAGCAGAGAGUGACGGAUCACCGCAGCGGCAUCAGUGUGCACGAUCUAGACGAUGUCCUCGAAGGAGGCAUUGAACUCGAGCGUGUCAUGGAGAGUGUCCGAGGAUGGCUCAGCGAGCAAGAGGUGCUGGGCCUGGCUGCCGAGGAAGAGCUGGCUGCUAAGAAAGACUGA